AUGGCUGGCGUCGAUAUCAAACAGCGCGUAUUGGAGUACCGCAAGACCUUCGAUGGCAUGACCCCCGGCAUUUUCUGGGGUACCAGGCCUUCCGCCAUCGAAGCCAUCCGUUAUCCCGAGCCCCUUUUGCCUCUCCGUUCCUUCAAGCUCACCUUUGACGCUCCUCCCAAGCCCGGCGUCCCCAAGCAGCUCCUAAUCGACAUCAAAUUCGGCCCCGGCCCGGUGGACGGUGGCGUCUUUGUGAACAGCACCUCUCCGGUCAGGAAUACCUCCACCUUUGACACGGCCGGUCGCUGUCAGGAGGUGGCUCGUGCCAAGAUUCCGGGCCUGGUGCCCCGCGUCAUCCGCGUCGGUGUCGUUGAGCUUGAUGACGGCGAUGUCGAUUACAUUGUGACGGAGCACAUUCCCAACACCGUGACCCUAGACAAGGUUUGGUCGUCCCUCACGCCCGAGACGCAACGCCGGAUCAUGGAUCAGCUCGUCGCCGCGAUGAAGCGUAGUCAUCACGCCGGUGCUGAAGCGCAUCGGCUUUUUAAUCUCGCGGUACACCAUGGAUGCUCGCCCUGCCUGUCACCACGCGUUGACCGCCCAGACGGCAGCUUCUACAUCAGCUUCUCCAACACAGAUAGCGCGAUGCCCGACCAGAAAUUCACAAAGAAGCACAUCCAGCAGCUCGCCAAGCACACCGUGCUCUGUCACAUGGACCUCGAGCCUCGCAACAUCCUCGUCAAGCUCGUCGAACAGCCCGCUCCCGCUGUCGCUUCCGCCCCCGGCAGCAAGCCCCAGAAGGAGCUGCAGCUGGCGGGCAUCGUCUCCUGGCCAAAGGCCACCUUUGCCCCCUUCGCCAUGGAGCGCGGCCUCAAGGACGCGCUGCUGGGCUGCCAGUUCAACCACGACUUCUUCUGGUACAAGCUCUUUGUCUUGCGCACAAAGCACCUGAUCCCAGCCGAGGGAUCCACCCAAGACCGUUUGUUGGCGGCCAUGAUCACCAUCCGGCUCGCCUCGCGGGUGCCCGAUUGCAACCACCCUACGCCGUUACACCAGCAGCAUUUCUACGACAUGGAGAAACUCACCCUGACAGGGGUCUUUCGGGAUGAUUGGUGCAGACAGCCUUGCGCCGAGACCCAUAAGUCGCCGUCGGACGCGGAGUAUCGGGAGAUGGGCAACGGCAUCAUUCGCCAUCUACUCAAUAAACAGUUCCAGACCAUCCCGAGACACAGCUUUGCUAGACACCCUUUCAUUGAGAACAUACUCGGCCUGGAAAGCGAUUCUGACGACGGUUCCGGACCAUGUGCCGAGGACGAAGCUCACUCUGCCGACGGCCUCGAUGGCUGA